CAAUGGGGUAUGUUCUUUCCAACAAACUUGCCCCAGGCUGUCUGAACCCAACUGUGUCUGGAGCUGAGAGUCCAUUGCCCCACAGCAUAUGAUAAGAGUCACCAAUUCUAAAAUGACGUUUCUACUCCAGCCCCACAUGCUCAGACCUGUCCCUGUCACAUGGCUAACCCCAUAGCCAUUUUGCAGACUGGGAAACUGAGGUAGUUAGAUCUGAAUCGGUUCUUGCUGCCCUUAAGUCCUCAGCACCUCAAUCACCUAUCACCUCUUCUCUGGGACCAAGACACAGAUCAAGGCCUGGCCCUCAAGGAGCCCCUGGUCUGUGGUGUUGGCGAGACAGAGCCUGGAUUCUUGGGGGUCAGGACUGAGCUGCAGGACGAGAUGGGGAUGGGAGAGCCCAGCUCAACCUAGAAGGGUUAGGUCAGGAAAGUCUUCCUGGAGGAAGGGCUUUUUGAGCAGGGUUUUGAGGGAUGAGUAGGACUCCCCCAGAUGGCAAACCUACCAGUACCACCACCACCCGCUUUAUCCAGCCUGGCCUGUGCCUUGACCCUCCUUUUGCUGUCUUUCCAGUGUAGCUCUCCAUCACUGUUGGUCAGGUGAGGAAACUGAGGCACGGGGGAGAGGAAUGACUUGCCAAGGUCAUGCUUUUUGGCUUUUUCUUCUGCACUGCCCUUUGAUUUUCAGUAUCUUUGCCUUUGACCCCAAUCACGGAGGGGAAAGGGAUUCCCAUGGCGGGAAACGGUCCCUUAAUAAGCACCUGCUCUGGAAUGCGGGGCAGAGGAGAUGACUGUUGAGUCCUUGUUCAUCGAACAUUUUUUCCCCACCAGCCCAAGAGGCCGGGACGAUGCUCCCCUUUCAAGGAGGAGGGUAUUGGGGCUCUGAGCCGCGCCCCAGGGCCCCAGGCAACCCCCGAGGGCCGGGCCCGGCGGCGGCUGCGGUGUUUAUUCUGCACUCGGGGGCGGGCGAUCGGGGCCGCCGGGGGCGGACAAAGUCCGCGACUAUAAAGGGCCGCGCCGGCAGCUCCCGGUCAGUGGAACCCAGAGCGCCGUCGCCGCAGCCAUGGCCCGGCGGGAACCGACGCCGCCGCCCCUCUCUCGGCUGCUGCUGCUGCUGCUGCUCCCGCGGCUGCUGCGGGGAGCCGCCGCGCCCCGCGCCCCGCAGCCCCGCGCCGGGCCCGCCGGCCCCCCGGACGCCUCCCUCGUGGAGCGGGAGCUGCGGAGAGGCCUCGAGGACGUGCUGAGCCGCCUGCGGGGCAACCAGAGCCGGGAAGACUCGCACCCGGACCCCGGCACCGCCUCCGCGGUCCGGAUACUGACCCCGCAGCUGCGAUCGGAACCCGGCGGCCACGUGCUCCUCCGCAUCGCUCGGACCGCCCUGUCCGCAGGGCUCCCUGCUGUCCCCCGCUUGCACCGCGCCCUGCUCUGGCUGUCCCCGACGGCGCCGAGACCGCUGGACGUGACGCGGCCGCUGCAGCGUCAGCUCGGCCUCGGCGGCCCCUCGGCGCCGGCGCUGCGGCUCAGGCUGCCUCUGCCGUCGGAUCUCCCGUCGGACCUUCGGUCGAUGCGUCCCAGGCUGGAGCUGCACCAGCACUCGCCCGCCAGCAGGCGGCGCCGCGCCGCGCAUGCGUCCGAGGAGGCCGACUGCCCCCAGGGGGCGGGGCGCUGCUGCCGCGUGCAGAGCCGGCGCGUGACGCUAGAGGAGCUGGGCUGGGACGACUGGGUGUUGGCGCCGCGCGACCUGGACGUGCGCUUCUGCGUCGGCGCGUGCCCGCGGCACUUCCGGCCGGCCAGCGCGCACGCGCAGAUCAAGGCGCGCCUGCACGGCCUGGACCCCCGCGCCGCGCCUGCGCCUUGCUGCGUGCCCGCCAGCUACGACCCGUUGGUGGUCCUGCGUCGCGACAGCGACGGCGGCGUGACGUUCACGCCCUUCGACGACCUCCUCGCCAAGUCCUGCCACUGCGCAUGAGCGGGAAGCGGGGCAUCUGCUGCGGCGCGUUAGCCACACUGCGCAUGGGCGAGGGCCUGCCGCGGCCCGUGAACGAGGACCUACCUGCCACUGCGCACGCGCAGCCCGCGAACUGGGCGGGGCCCCAGUGGGCCUUCCCUGUGGACAG